AUGUUUGUCGCGUUUAUAUUAUUUAUUUUGCUAGAACAGUGUGCCUGCCCAUAUAUAACACCGUUUGAUAUUCUUAGUACGACAUACCGUGACUUUGAAAACGUUUAUAAUCAAGGAAAUGCAAAAGAAAUUGCACAACGAUUUUUUACAAAAGAUGCAAAGUUUAUAUCAUUUGAUAAAAACACAUAUGAAGGUCAAGAACAAAUAGAAAAAGCUUAUCAAGGUGCGAUAGAUGCUGGUUCAAAAAACUUUCAGUUAACACCAUCGACUAUUCAUGUGGCUGGUCCAUAUUUAAUAGCCACAGGCCAUUAUAAGAGUACAAUAGCUGCUGGAAAUUUUCAAGAAAUAUGGAAACAAGAAAAGGGAGAAUGGCUUUUGUUUAUUGUUAUUAUUAAUUAA